AUGUCGUCGGACGAAUUCAGGGAAUUGCCGAUUGAUGGUGGGGUUCAGUAUGGCCCAGAGCUGCCCAGUAUCAGGCACAUACUGGAAUCGAUGCCAGCAAUUUACUGCGAAGUGCUGCGGGAAUUCUAUAUGAAGCAGAUGAGAGAGAACCGGUGCGUGCGCUUCCGCGUACACGUAACUGUGGAGCUCGAAUAUGAAGAAGAGGAGGAGGCCCCAGCUCCGGGCGAAUUUGAGGCGGAGUUCGGCGUCCCGGAGCCGGCUCCGCAGGCUGGGGCCGCGACCGAUGAAGCGGCUGUGGCUGGUGCCGCUGAGGUCGCCGAGUUUGCGGCCGAGGAAGCGCCAGUGGCGGAUGGCGCUGAGGCCGCGGUCGAGGAAGCGGCCAUGGAAGAA